CUGUCUACUGUGCGAAGUUGAGUUUGAGUCCGUAUUUGAUCGCAUCGGCGUUGGACACAUUCAGACCGUCAAACUGACACAGUCACACACAUACACAGAGGGAGGGGAGGGGUGCAGGCAAGUGUGUGUGUGUCUAAGUGUGUGUGCGUAUGGGUGUGUGUUCUGUGGACCUGGAAUCCCAUGGUUGCGUUGAGGAGCGGGCUGAAGGUGUGGUUGACAGCGAUGGCGACCUUGGCGUCCUGGCUUAACUGCACCCCACACACACCACACAUCAGUUCAGUCCAUCACCCAGCGCACCGAGAUACAAAUGGCUGUGCUGUGCCUAUCCACUGCGCACCGACCCGUGCUUUGAUGAAUGUGUUGUUGUCGACCACGUAUUUGCCGCCAAACGACAUGCCCGUCUUGCUGUCCGCCAACGCAUGGGCCACCUCAGUACCAACCUCAGUCGCACCAUCUGACAGAUCCACACACAGAGCUUAGGUAAUGUUGUUGUUGUCUGUGUGGGAGCUGUUCAUCGCCAAGCGCCUGAUUACAUUUGCAGUGGACAUUCAGGAGCAGCUUGGCAAAAGGAUUGGUGCCCUCCAUCUGGCUGCAAGCAGCCAUACACACACACACACACACUCUCUCUCUCUCUCCGUCUGCGAAUUUGUGCGUGUGUGAGCACGUCUUGAGUGAUCCGGUCCACUGGUUGUUGGCGUAAGACGCGCCCAUCGAGUACUUGAGGUUCGUCAUGUCGAAGUUGCCCAUCAACUCGCCUGAACAAACCAGCAAACACCCAAUAUGUGUGUACGUCACGUCACAGCAACAAUCACGUCACAGCCGCAAUCAUGCCCACCUCCGAGCUUGAAGCUCUUGUACUCGGCCAUAGCCUGCGAAGUCCACAUCCCUUGGUACGGCAGAACAGUCGCCUGCACACACACACACACACGCGCACACACACAGAGAGAGAAAGAGCGAUGCGCGCAAGUGUGUGUGGAUGGCCUGCAGCGGGGGGCCGCGUGUGUGUGUGUGUGUGUAUGCGUGUGUGUGUGUACCUUGCCGUGGAUGCCUUUGUUUUGGUACUCGGCGGCCACCUCGACGUUGUCCGAUGUGGUCUUGCCCUUACGACGGUCGAAGCGGGCAUUCAGAAUCAGACCCUUCGUGUAGUCACCCUGUCGACACAUGCAUUCGCCAUGGCAAUGUGUCAGUGUCCUCUUAGGGUCGUCAGCUGUUCCCUCCCCCCACCGCACUCACCGUGUAUUUGGCAUCGAAUGUGACGCUGCCGUUGACGAAGAACUUGCCCUCGACUGACACAUCCCUGCACACCACACGCAGGCCCAUUGCCGACACACACGACCGAACGAACGAACGAAUCAACGACCGGAAUCCCAUGUGGUAAUGUGGAUUUCUGACUGAUUUGCUCAGUCACUUGUUAGCGAAUUUGAGGCUGCUGUUGGCGUCGAGGACGCUGCCGGCCGGCAGCACCAUCGCUUGCUGCGUGAAGGACUGCACACAAGACAAGACAGACACACGCAGCGCAGCACCCAACCACCAUCGAUUAAGCAUACACACGUGGUCCACGCCACGUGGGGCUGUUAGGCGCCUUACAAAGUUGCCCGAUUUGCUUCUGAUCUCGGCCUCCCAUGGCUUCUCGUGGGGGAAGUCCUUCGAAAUCACAUCUGCAGCACAGCACAGCGCAGCACAGCAGACACAUGCCGCACACCAUAUCGACCAGACAGACAGAGAGAGAGAGAGAGAGUGUGUGUGGUGGCUGGUGUGUGUGUUCGCGCCUUCUGCCCCCUCCCUCCCCUCUCUGUGUGUGCCGCUCACCCGCCGCAUUCUUGCUGAUAUCUCUGAAGAGCACCAU